CUUCGCCUACCUACACUCUGAUUGGAAGAGGAUGAUUAACGCCACGGACAGCGAAGUCAAGCAAUGGAGACGCUAACCCAGGAGAAACAUUACAGGUGGAGAACAACACAGAGGAGGAACCGGACUGUCAGAAGGACCUGCAUUAAUACUACAUCCCGGCGACUCUGCUUUGAUUGGUGGGUUGGUUUAGGACGAAGGACACUCAACAAGAAGGACUAUGUUGCACCACAUAAAUACAUGAUCUGUUUGGAGUCCAUCCUGGGCGCUCCUCUAGCCAUGAAGACUCCAGACUCAAGAGAAGACAGUAUCAACAUUUUCCUGACUAUGGCAUGGCAAGUAGCCAACAGCAUUCGUCCUAAUUCCAGCUGCUAUGUCUGCGGUCUGAUGCCCUACACAGCUGGAGAGGGUUUACCUCUGAUGGCAUUACCUGCCUCUGACUGUGACACCUGUCGCCUCAUGCAUAUCCCCUUGUCUUCGUCUCACCCUGAUUGCAGCAAAGGCUCCAAAAUGAGACCACUCGACUGCUCUGGAGAACAUGCAAACUGUCAAAAGUGUCUUAAACGCCCUAAACCUGUUCCCAUCCAGCUCAUUCCUCAGCCAUUCCCUUGGUGUAUGGAGAAUGAUGGCGACACACCUGUAGGACAAUCAGACUGUCUUCAUACCUUUAAAGGGGGCUCAAAACAGACAAGUAUGGACUUUAAAUCUGUGAAUACAGCACCUCAGAGGUGUUUGGAAGCAGCAGGACAGGCUCGGUUUAGCGCUUUAGCUCGCCGUACUGCUAGCUGCUCCAUCUCCUCUCCUGUAGGAAUGUACUGGGUGUGUGGAAACCUAGCAUACCCUUAUCUACCUGUGGACUACAAAGGACGCUGUGGCUUGGCAUACAUCAUCCCAGCUAUGAGAGUGUCUCACUCCCUGCCACUUAAGCCUCUUAAUAAACGAACACGGCGUGGCGUUUCGGACAUCUUCGGGACUCACCGUCAGUCCCCCUUUAAGAACAUUCUCGGUGCCCUUCUUCCCACAUACGGAGUUAUGUCUACCUUGGAUCAAAUUGCUGAUCUGUCUCAUGCUAUAGAAGUCAUAGCUAAUGAAACCAGUAAGGCUCUCAUGCUGAUAUCCAGUGAACUCGCCUCUGUCAGACUGUUAGCUCUGCAAAACAGAGCAGCUUUGGAUUUUCUGUUAUCAGCCCAAGGAGGAACAUGCGCUAUCAUCGGUUCUGAAUGCUGUACCUUUGUGCCUGAUUAUAAUGCUACCAUUGUUGACAUAAUUAAUCACCUUCAUAGUACUGCUGAUGCUGUUCAUCAGGAGAACAACUCUUUAGUUGACAUGUUGAGUACUUACUUUGGAACAAACAUCUAUCAGAUUAUUCAGAUGAUAAUCUUCUUUAUUGUUUUUGUUGUUUUCCUGUCAUUGUUUACAUCCUGUGUAAAAAAGUUUGUGUUCAAUUUAUGAGUUAUUCACUAUCAACUCUUGAUCCCCCAGCACUAGUAUUAACAUUUUUAAAAUCCUCAGAUGUUACUGGAUAUUUAGAGUAGAGUUAAACUGCAGCAAUAUAUCAAUUAGCAAAUAGUCAAGUCUGUUUUCUCAGCUUGUCCUUUCCUAGUUUUAUCAUAAGAAUUACUUUUACACU